CCUGUCAUACAAGCCAAGGUCGUGUGUUCCCCGCGGGUUCUGGGAACAACUACUAUCUUAUUGCUGCAUGCCACUGCGCAGUCCUCACUGUCGAGCCUCGGUCAACAUGGACGACUUGUCGCACACGCAAACGCACGACACGAUGCGAAAGGAUCCCAACUUCUCCGCUGAGGACUUCGAGUACGACUCUGCGCCCGUUGCAUCCCAGUACAGAGAUGGCCCUACGAGAGGCGAGGUUGUCGAUUUAGACCCAGAAGGCGAGUGGUUGACAUUUGCGCCCAUUUCCACUACUUCGGCACUCUACUUUGGUGUACCAGAGUCAAGUAUCAACUGGCUUUCUACCGCCUUUCUUCUUUCAUUCGGCGUCUCAUGCCCUUUCACCAUCUACCUCUUGCACCGCGGCCCCAAGCCAUCCAUCAUCGCAGCCUCUGUCUUGCUUCUAGCGGGUAACUGGAUCAGGUAUGCGGGCACGGUGGCAAACGGCGGCAUCUUCGGGGUCGUCAUGGCAGGCCAGAUUCUGACAGGUCUGGCGCAACCGUUUGUAUUGGCCGCGCCGACACGAUAUAGCGACAUGUGGUUUACCGAGUCUGGGCGAGUGGGAGCCACGGCAUUGGCAAGCAUGGCGAACCCUCUCGGUGGAGCCGUCGCAUCCCUCGUAAACCCAGAGCUAGGCUCUCUCCCCACCACCGUCCUCAUAGUCUCCAUCAUCGCCUCCGUAGCAUGCAUCCCCUCCUUCUUCAUUCCCGCCGCACCCCCCACCCCCCCCGCCGCCUCCUCCGCCGUCGCCAAAACCCCCAUUGUAGAUUCCCUCCGCCACAUGCUCCGCACCCCAGCCUUCUACGUCGUCUUCCUCACCUUUGGCGUCUACGUCGGCCUCUUCAACGCCUUCUCCAGCCUCAUGAACCAAAUCCUGUAUCCAUACGGCUACUCUGAGGACGAAGCCGGCAUCUGUGGCGCCGUCCUCAUCCUAACGGGCCUCGUCGCUUGUGCCAUUGUCAGUCCCAUUGUAGAUCGCACGCAUGCCUACCUCAGCUCCAUCAAGAUCCUCACCCCGCUCGUUGCAAUUGCGUACCUAGCGUUCAUCUGGGCGCCGCAGACGCGUACGAUUGCUGCGCCGUAUAUCCUUAGUGCUGCGCUAGGCGCAGCCUCGUUUUCUCUGCUCCCUGUUGCGCUUGAGUUCCUCGUUGAAAUCACGUUCCCUGCCAGUCCAGAAGUUAGUUCUACGAUUUGCUGGGUCGGCGGCCAGAUUUUCGGCGCGAUCAUUAUUGUUGUUAUGGAUGCGUUGAAGGAUGAUCGGCCUGUGGAUUUGGAGCUUGUGAGGAAGCUGGGGAGGGGGAUGCAGGGAUCGGUUGGGGAUAGCCCGCCAGGGAAUAUGUUUAAUGCGCUUGUUUUUCAGGCGGUGCUUGCGAUGGGGGUUUUGCCGCUACCGCUAGCGCUGGGGUGGAAGAGGGUUGGGUUGGGUAUUACUGAGGGUAGGUUGUCGAGGGAUGUGGAUGGGGACGUGGUGGAAGAUUCGCGUGCGUAG